GUUUACGAGGAAGAGAGAGCGUGAGGACGUGAGACACUAAGGGCGUGUUUGGUAUGGAGGAAGAAGGGAAAAAUAGGAACAGAAAAUUUACAGAAAAAGAAUUUGCUAUUUCUGAUCAGACACAAAAACGAAAAAAGAGUCUCGAUUUACACAGAGAGAGAGAGAGAGAGAGAGAGGGGGAAGGGAGAGAGAUCAGAGAGUGUGUGUAGAGUAGAAGGUGGGUCUUCGUCUUUUUUCUGAUUAAGAACAGUGAUUUUUGGGGGAGAGAAAGAUAGCUGCGGAGAAGAAUUGAAAUGCGAAGCAAUUUGAAUGGAAGAAGAAGCUUUAUGGGUUCGUAUAUGAACAAGUAAGAGUUGAAAAAGCAUUUGGGUUUUCUCUCUACUUUCUGAAUCUGAAUUUUGAAUUAAGUUUGGUGUUGUUGGGUUUUGUAUAUUUUCUAAUUUUACUCUUCUUUCGAGCUUAAAAAUCUCUUCUUUAAUCCCAAUUUCGUGUGGGGAUAUAUUUGAACUUGAAGUGGGUAGCUUAAAGCUUUAAUUUUUUGGCAACGGUUGGCAUUUUAUGUCUGUUUUAGGUUUUGCCCUGUAAUUUUGCAAGGCAAUUUGAACUUAUUGAAUUGGGGAUUGAGGGUUUUCUUGAGCUGCGAUUUUGAUUGGUGUAAACGUUGGACUGAAGAAAGAAUUUGAAAAUUUUCGAGUUUUGGAGGGAGAGUUAGUUGACAAUUAUGGAUCUCUAGCUGGGGUGUUAACCCCUUCAAUAGUUAUACUGUUGUAAGUUGGAAUUUUGGAUAUGGGUUUUGAUUCAGCAUUGCUUGAAUUGCUGUUGGAAGAGCACAAUCUUGUUUCCACUAUGGGUUUUUGGAAUUGGGGAAAACCCUAAUUUAGUGGGGAUUUGGAUUACUGACUUCUUGUGUUACUUGAAAAGUAGUGGAAACUUUGUAAUCUUUGCUUGUUGUGUGUAGACUUUGUGUGUUGACAGAGAUGCAACCGCCACAUCAGCAUUCGCGAAUCAAUCUUGCCGAACUGAAAUCUCAGAUAGUGAGGAAACUUGGACCUGAGAGGUCUAAACAGUACUUUUAUUACUUAAAUAGGUUAUUGAGUUUGAAAAUAAGCAAGGUUGAGUUCAAUAAGCUCUGUCUUAGGAUAUUGGGUAGAGAGAAUAUUACACUGCAUAAUCAGUUCAUUCGUUCCAUUUUGAGAAAUGCUUGCAGCGCAAAAGUUCCACCGCCAACUCCCGAGACUGAUGUUUCGAGGCCUGGUGCAGCAGUUGGCAGUAAUGAACCCCUAAGUGAUGCUUAUGAGCAAAAUGGAUCACAUGUUUCUUCAAGCCAGGCUUCAAGUCAACCAGGUUUGUCUAAUGGGGAUAUUCUCCCAUUAUCUCCUCGAAAGGUCAGAACAGGCUAUCGUGAUCGUAGGACUGGGGAUCGUCGUAGUGCGCUUGGUCAAAAUGGGAAGACCAAUUUCUCUUUUCAACAACCGACAGCGACAGAAUCAAUUUUUGAUGUUAUGGAAAAUGGGGAUAUCAAUCCCCCUGAUUCACGGAGGGCUGUGCAGCAUUAUCAAGGACUCUUGCAGCAGACUGAUGAUGAAAGGGAGGCAUCUGGUCAAGAAACUGCUAGAUUUUCUGUAAUAAAGGGAUCACAGGAAGGUCCAGCUUCCAUAUAUAACAAAGUCCAUGUUAGAGAUGACGGGAAAGAGCUGCAUGCAAGGAGUCAGCUUCAAGCUCCGCUUGGGGUUCCAUUUUGCCCUGUUAGUGUUGGUGGAGCACGUAAAGCAUUGCCUUUGGCAACAAAUAGUAAAUGUGUUACUUCUUCUAGUUAUGGUGCUUUGUUGGAUAGUGUAUCACUUGGGGAACGCAUGGAGCAGAUUGCUGCAGAACAAGGCCUUGAAGGAGUGGCCAUCGGUUGUGCCAACUUGUUGAACAAUGGAUUAGAUUCUUACUUAAGAGGUUUAAUUCGAUCUUGUGUUCGACUUGUUGGGGCAAGGUCAGGGCACGAGCCUAUAAGAAACAACACCAAAAAGCAGCAGACCCAUGUGAAGCUCGUCAAUGGCCUCAGACCCGGUCUUCAUUCUCAGAUAAGUAGUGGUAGACCUUCAGAAGUCAUGCAAGAACAUGCUCCCAAUAACUUGAUCUCAUUGCAAGAUUUUAGGGUUGCCAUGGAACUGAACUCCCGGCAACUUGGCGAAGACUGGCCAUUGCUUCUAGAAAAAAUAUGUUCACGCGCUUUUGAAGAAUAAGCCAUAUGUGAACUUUGUUAUCUUCCAGUUAAAUUUCUGGUCCCUACUGGAUCUAAGGGCACCGUUCCUCUCAAAGUUUCUGCGCAGCUGCAACAUUACAGCUUUUUUGGCCCUUUUUGAAUCAGUCAACAACUCUUUUGGUUGAUGUUGUCUCUUGAAGAUGAUGCAUGGAGCCCGGAUCUUUGUCUCAUCUGCUACGGGGCUUAACUUUGCCAGGAGAUUCGCCAUUUUUAGCAACCACUGGAAGGGACUUGAAGAAAGGAACACCCACGUUGGUUGUGCUGUUGUAUGAUUAGCAUAAUUAUUUUUUGGAUAUUUACCGCAUUCUCCCUCCUGUAAUUUAAAGUAAAGAGCAAAUUUGGCACAAGUUUUGCAGGAAUAAUUGUGUAGCCUAGGACUUCAGUAGAAAGGUGAAACUAGAUAAUGCAAAAGUUGCUGUGUAUCUUCAACAUCAAGAUUGAUUGAACUUCAAUAUUAACAACACGUUUUCACCAGUAGGUUUAUAUCUUAUGAUUUUUAGUUCUAGAUUAAUGUUCAUUGGGUCUAUGGCCUGCUUUUGUAUUUCAUGUUUCCUUACUGUGUUAAUUGUAUACCCAGAAGAGUUUCAUUAUUUGAUUCUCUCAUAAGGCAUGAUGCUAAAUAUGAAGUGGUUAUUAAAUUGUUGAUAUUCUGUGAUCUAUUAUAGUCUGCACUGAGCGAAUUGUCACUGGUGUGUUAUGUAGAAAAUGCUUAAAAGGAUCAAAGCAAGCAUGAUAUAUAUCUUAACUCAGACAUCCAUUUCAAUUGCAUAUCCUAUUUUGCAUAGCAUGGUUAUGAAAAUCCACGAGAAGCGACUGGGAUUAUCAUAUGUGUCAAUUUCCAUUUAGCUAAUAUGCCUAGUUUUAGGAUGACUGACCCUUUUGGUCCAGUUCAUAUAAUGUUUCUCUCAGGAGCUAGAGGAAAUGCAUAUCAGGUACAUCAAUUAUUAGGUAUGCGCACUUUUUGACUUACUGAUAAUAAUGUAAUUACUUUGGUGCUGCUUAACUAACUUGCAGUGAUUUGGCAGAUGUUCAAGAUUCCUUUUUUCCCCAUUGCCUCAAAAUUUGUUGCUGCUAUAAUCGAAGUGGACGAUUUUGUGAGAUAAUUAGACAGUUGAGCUGGUCUAAAAGAUGAGUUCAAAUCCUUUAUAUAAAAAAUAAAAGAAAGAAAUGAGCUAGUUCUCAUCCUGAACUGGAAAAUGAAGCGAACCCAUUCAAAGAAAUCUAGCAGUGAUUGACAGGUGGAGUGCCUAGAAUGGAAGGCAGAACAACAUACACAUAAAUUUUGUUCUGAAGAUGGAGUAAAAGUUGGAAAUAGAGCAGAAGAUUACUGAUGAUUUUUCUUCCCAAGACAAACUUUACCUACCAGAAAUUUGAAAAAGGUCAGAAGAAAGUUGAUCUUUUUCCUUAUCUCCUACCUAUAUGUCUUUUAGCUCCGAGUACUUGAAUUUUUCUUUUAAGGAAUGUCUCUUUUUCGACCACUUGAAGUUUCUGUUAAGAAAUGAAUACAUGCAUAUCUUCUCUGGAAGCUGAUAUUUUUGUUUUUUUAUGUAUCUGGCUGGAUUGUAAGUUUCUCUUCCUUAUUGCUUGGCUCUAUGUCUUUAAGAUUAUGUGGUUCAUGUGAUAUCUCUAUGUACUUUUCCUAAUACAACUUGAAUUUAUUCUUGAUAAAUGUAUUGCAAAAUUAUGGGAUCUGGAUAUUUGAAGUUUCACCAAUCUGCCUGCUAAUGAUCGUCCACUAUUGCUGUUGUGUCUUCUGUGCAUUUCCAAGUUAAGGAUUUGUUGUCAAAUUCCAUCUCAUUCUGCAAUUAUUGAUUCAAGUACUAAUCAUAGUCUCUAAUAUCUUAUGCUCCUUUUCUGUAAGAGAUUUGCAGUCACCCAGUAAUUCUAGAAGAAAUUUGGUUUGGGGUAGGGUAGCUAGUGAUAGAGCUAUUCAAGCAUGCCAGGUCUUUGGUUGGUCAUGUCAAAUUUCCAUUUGAGAGCUAUUCCAGCAUGCCAAUAGGUUUUUUGUUGAUCAUGCCAUUAAGAAUAAUUGCCAGAGUUGGUCAGUGACUCCACAGUGCAAUAUAAGGUGACUGUUUUUCUCUGGUCCUUCCAACACAAAUAACAUCUUGGACCUAGCUUAAUCCUCCUCCUCUUCAAAUUAUCUUGGGUUAGGCAGGCUUCUUUGACAACAUGCCACUGUUUAAGGAAUUUCAAGUCUUCACGUGUUUCACAAUCCGAGAAUUAACUUGUUCUCCCAAUACGAGUGAGUGCAUAAUUGGUAGAUUUAAUUGUAUAGUUGCCUUUGCUAUGCCCUCUGCCAUGACAAUUUUUCCUCAUGUUCAUAAAUGCAUUUUAAUUGAUCCAUUACUCUUACAAAAUUAGCUACUCUGUUGAUUUCUCAAUCAAUUGAUAGUGUUCUAAAGCUCAGGCUUAAUCACUGUUGACCUCACAGUUUGCUAACAGCUGUCCCCUUGUUUCUGACUUAGGUUGAAGAUGUAUAGGAAAUGCUUUAGAGACCCUUCCCAUUCCUCACUUUAAGACUGGUUUGCACUGGAGGAGGGCUAAAGAGCUCUGUUUGACCUUUAUAUACUAAACCCAGAAGGUGCAGUUACCCCUAUUUAAAAAGAGUCAACCCGGUGCAAUAAGCAGCUGGGGUAUACGCAGGAUCUGGGGAAGGGCUGGACCAUAAGGGUCUAUCAUACACAACCUUACCCUGUAUUUCUGCAAGAGGUUGUUUCCACAACUGGAACCUGAGACAGGCUCCCCUUCAAAUCUGAGACAAAACAUCAGGUGAGUGGGUGUUCCUUAGUAUAGAUUACAUCCCCUUUCUGCACCUUCCUGUCCCAUAUUAUAAAAAUUCCCUGGUCUACCAUUUGCCUCUAUAAAUCUGGGCACGAGGGAGGCUCAGUGAAAUAGAACAUGUCUGUGAAGAUGCAGACUACUUGCACCUGGACCGAAAGAUCCUGUGAAGCUUCACUUUUCCCUGGGAUUGGCUUUGGGGCUUUCCUGCGCAGCUUAGGUGGAAGGUGAACAAGGCCUCCUUCCCUGGGGCAUCAGUGAGAUACCACUGUGGAAGGGCUAGAAUUUUAACCUUGUGUCUGGACAUACAGACCAAGUCACAGUCCCAAGUAGACAGUUCCUAUGGGGCUUAGGCCUCCCAAAAGGUAACGGAGGCGUGGAAAGGUUUCCUCGGGCCGUCCAAUCUUUUGAUUAAAGGGGAUGAACCAUCUGCUAGGGAUUACCUUAAGUCUAGUAAUAAACGCACUUCCGAUGAGCAGGAGUGUGUUUGCCCACAUCUCUUUAACAAAAGCUUUGAUAUUUCCUUCUAGCUUUGUUUCCUAAAAGCAGUAGAUGUUUUCUUUCUGUUGUAAGCUAAACUUUUCUGCACCCUUCUUUUUUGUCCUGCUAUUCGGCCCCUUUCCGUUCCAUGCGAUGAUGUACAGCUUCAUGGAUAAUCAGUGUGUGGGAAUUUCUCCAGCUCCAUGUCCCGCUGUCCUUGUUAUUAACAUUAAAUUUCAGGAUUUUAGUUCCUUCGUACUUCUCCAUUUUGGGGUCAUACAACUGACAAUGCAUAAUUCGACUUGUUUAGCUUGCUUUCUUUUCUACAGUUUCAUGAAGAGAGAUAGACCUUACAUCUCACAGUCUCAGAAAUCCACCACAUAAUGCUUGCACAUUUCCAGUACAUUUUAUUGUAGUAGAUUGUACCCACAAUGAUGCUUCUAUAUCUGAAUUCUGAAUAUGAGUCAACAAUAGGUCUACAUGUUAGACGUCAUCCUCUUCAUGAUCAACUAUCUGUUUCUCCAAUUCAGUUGAGUUAUGGAGAGGAAUAAUAUCAUCACUGUUGAUAGCAGCCAUCUCAACUUUCUCAUCUUCUUACACGACCAAGACCACCUGUAGUUGAUUAGGGCUGCUGUGGAGAACACGCUGAUCAGUGACCUCAGACACAUUUAUAGUGUUUUAGAAAUUGUCGAUGCUCCGACAGAAUGACGGCUUCAAUUUCCAUCAUUACUGGAUUGGUGUCGGUCCACAAAUUCAAUCAAAACAUGCCUUAUUUGUUCAUUCCAAGCAGCUGGGAAAUCCUGGCCCAUAUUAUUUUUAUGUGGAUGUGAUCAGUUAUGUAGCAUUGUGUAGGUGCAGAUGCAGAAUUACUCUUCUAUCAGAUAACCCUGGCUAAUUCAGGCUGAGUAAAGUUAGAUCAGAUUUCUAUGUGUUUUACUAACUGGGAGCCCCUAAAUUCUUAGCUAGAUCUGCGGACACCUACAAUAUUAUGCUUUAGGUGAGAUUCAACUUCCAAAUAUCUUUAUCUUCAGUGAUUUAACAUGUACAGCAAUUGCUAUUUGGUAUUUCUCUUCAGUUCUGAUUCCAUGUAAUAGUAGAUUACAACUGUCAUCGAUGAACCAGUUCCUGCUUCGCAGUGGGUUCACGUGAACCAGGUAGCUUUUUCUUGGACCUGUGUAUUUAUUAAGCAACCCAUAAUUAUAUAUAUUUGACUGUGAACCCAUUUAUUAUUGUAUAUACUAACUUGAGGUCUAUGUAUGAACCCAUAGAACCUCAAAUCCUGAAUCCCUCUGCUUGCUCGGAGGGGAAGGGCGAUGCUGAGUGAUUUAAUGCUCUCCUGGUAACUUCUGCAGAGGUACAGAACACAUACAAAGUUCUCUUGAUAUUUAAAAGAUAGCUUAAGGAAGUUACCUGGGCUAGGCAAAUAACUUGGUUCUUCAAUUUGGUCCUUCAAUUGGCAUGUAGAUUAGGGUCAGUUCUUUUGCAUCACAAUUUCUCUCAGGGGAUUUGGAUUCUGAUUGAAAGAAAAAGCAUUAUUUGGAUUUUGCAUGUAAUUGAUUGUCCUUGAUUAUCCUUUCUGCUUUUGAUAUCAUUUCUUUGUUUUCCUCUACAUGGAUCAGCUACUUUAACUUAUGCUUUGCAUCCAGGAACAGACAUGGAUAUUCAUAUUCGGAGAUAUUCCCUUAAAUGCAGAUUCAUUGUUUAUUAUACUGUCACCGACAAGAACUUUAAUCUUUCUAAAUAGAAACGAAGAGGUCAAUCACCAACAGGAGGAGGAUAUGAAAGAGAGUACAAACAACUAUUCCACUCGAGUAGAACUUCUAAAUGAAGUUGGAGGAAGCAAAAUUGAGGUGAUGUGACGUUGAUAUGCUAGAAUGCUGCAUACCACACCUUGUAGAAACGCGGUACAAAUUUCUUGGCCAUAAAGAUACCAUAACAGCUUAGAAUAAAUAGGUAUUGGAUUAUUGCUUCAUUUGAACAAUUCGACGCCUUUUCCAUUCACCAGAACUUCUCUACCCUCUUGCUAAAUUUUUCCUACCAUAGGGAUUUGAAAUUUAAGUGACUAAAUGAUUAGAUUAUUUUGGUCUGAACUCUCUGCCCUUAAUUCCUGUUUGGGUUCUUUCUGUAUGUAAUUAAGAUUUUAAGUGACUGAAUUCUUAAUAUUUUCACUUUAACCUA